GGAGGCUGUAAGCAGGGAUAAGUAUAUAUGCAUAAGCUCCCAUGUGUGAACAUCCCUAAUAAUGAAUGAAUUCCUAGCAGAGGUUUUUCCUGCUGUCAUGUGAACCGUUUUUACCUCUUCAACAGAUGCAGUAUUCCGCUGACGAUGUCGCAGCCGCCAGUAGUCUGCAGUUCUUAGCGUACCUAUGCGUGUCGAUGGCCACAUUCUGGAUCUAUGAUUAUGCUUGUUCACUUCAAGAAGAGUGGUCAUUCCUACUUCGGUCGCGCUGGAACAAGGUAAAAUGCCUUUAUAUCAUCGCACGAAAUGUCCCAUUUGUCAUCAUCGCUACGGAUUUAUAUCUAUAUUUCACCCCGAACAACGAUUCCGAGAGAUGCCUCAUGUUGAUCGAUAUUUACUCAAGUUUCGGCCUCAUAUCCGUCGUUUGCUCUGAAUCCAUUUUUGUGCUCAGAACAUAUGCGCUCUGGAACAACAAUAAAUUCAUUCUCAUAGGCGCGGUAUGCGCCGCUAUUACCCUUUUAAUAGCGGCCAUCGGUGUUGCUUUCACCACUAUUGCCGCCUCACAUGUCACGAUCAGUGCAAUCCCAGGCGUCAGAGGCUGCUACCGGACCUCGCGUGGCAUCCAACUCUCCAUGCCGUUUCUUUUCUUGUUUAUAUUUGAACUAGGACUACUCUCCCUCACAUCCAUAUGUGCAAUACAGAACUGGCGGACAGCCAACGGCCCUCUGUACACCGUCCUGGUGAAGCAUAACAUAUUCUACUAUGCAUGCGGUCUGUUACUUGCGGCCGUGAACGUCCUCAUGCCAUUGCUGUAUUCCCAAUACGCAAUUCACUCCGUCUUCGAAAACCUCCAGUUCUAUGUCCUUGCGAUCCUCGCUACGCGCAUGCACCUCCAUCUCUGGAAUGUCGGUCAGAACCUUCAUACACGUGGUUGUGAUGCUCUCAUGCUUGCUCUUUCCGACAUGCCACCACAUUGCUCUGAUACCCUUGCGCUUGCGCCUAUACCUGAUACGUCGACGGCAUGACCUAUGAUGCUGUGGCUUAUUCGGCGUCGUUCGUGGAGUGGGUGCGAGGUGUCUUUUGUUGGAGCUUAAAUGCCGACGCGAAAAAUACGGACAACUAUAUAUGACCGGACUCUCUUUGAUACCCUCUUUUCCCAGUCCGUUACCUGGGGACAGAGAUCUGAUCAUAGCGUUUAGGUGACUAAAGGUUCCUUAUAACUAUAGUUUGUAAUAUAUCAGAGUCCCUGAUACUGCCAUGUUAAUUCACUGUUGACGACGUAUGGG